CGGGCCCAAUUUACAUGCGCCACUGAAUAUAGGGACCUUUGUAAGCGCCUGAGGACGGACAGAGGAAGCGAGACAGUGAAAGAGAGAGAAGAGAUCGAGAGACGAUCGGGACUGGGCGGCAGGGCAGGGAAGGGCAGGGUGGUCGCAAAGUGCAUUUGCUUCAGAAAGCGCAAGCAGGAAAAAAUGGUGUCGUGCUCUCAUCUUGUUGUUAUCCUUGCGGUCGUGGUUUCUGUUGCUGUUUUAGCAGAGGCAGAAUCACAGGGAGAAGCAACCGUUCACAUCGUGCACAUGGAGAAAGGUGAAACUCCGCUUGAUGAGAUUGAAGCUAAGCAUAUCGAGGUUCUUGCUUCAGUUUGCGGUGGCAGUCACGAGAAAGCAAAAGAGCUAGUGUUGUAUCAAUACAAGCACGGCAUGAGGGGUUUCUCUGCAAAGCUCACACCUGAACAAGUCACAGAGUUAUUAACCAAACCGGGAGUUAUCGCUGUCAAUAAACAAGGCGUGUCUCACAUCCAUGCUGGAGCAGUAACUACAGGCGGGGCUGCAAGUGCAGGAGUUAAUCUCGCAAGAAACGCUUGAAUCGCCGGUUAGACCACACAAGCGAAUAAGCUGUAAAUAUGCUACAUACGGCCCACCUGGGCUUCGUUUACCGAGAUCUGUAAAAUACUCCUGUAACGGUGUCAUCAUUAUUUUUUCCUAAAUUAUAAAGUUAUCGCAAAUAUCUCUGAGUUUUGCGAAAGUAAAUUAUAUUUUGUCAUCAAUUUUGCAUUUCUUAGUUCAGUUCAACUAAAUCCCUAAACCCAGGGUUGGGUUUAGGGGUUUAGUUUGUAGUUUCGCCUUUAAAAGCCUCCAUCUUGCUAAAUGCCCAGGCUCCUAUCCAAUGCAUUAUCUAUGAAACAGUAGGAAUUGAAUCUAGUUCACAGCGAAUUAGGCACAGCCCUUGGAUACUCCAGGAAUUUCACCUGCUUGACUACACCUUAAAAAUUCCGAAAACUGACCAGUCGACUUAUCAUGGCUUUGUUUUAACAAAGCGUAUUUUGAGUGGGACCCUGAACUCUGUGUAACUAGAAAGUACUAAGGAUAAAAUUUCCAAUCAAAUGAACUUCCAAGACCUAUCUUGUUUCGAGAGUUUUAAGAGGCUAGCUUGCGACGCGUGUAAUCUCCCGUUAUUAAAGUUGGGACCCAUUCGUCA